CUCAUCUCAUCCCAUCGUCGAAUCAAAAUUUCGCCUCUAGCGGAUUAAAGGUUUAGUCUUAGUUGCGACACCAUGGCCAGCAGGAGGGGAAUCACAGCCGUUCUAGGCCUAUUCAUCUUGGUAGUUUUCUGUGAAGCCACUCAGCUUAGCCGCGACGAGAGCCGGGAGGACCAAAGAACAGAGUUCAACCUGGCGUCCACCCUAACAGGAGGCAUCUCCAGCAGUCGCCACCGCCAGGGUGCCCUUCUUAAUACCAAUGUCUACCCGCCCUUGGGCCUGGUGGGCGCUGGAGGAGGUUAUACCGGAGCAGCGGGAUCUGUUGGAUCAUCUGGAGGCAUUGAUGCAGCUCACGGCCAUGAAAAUGGAGGAUCUGGAGUGAGAUUGGCCAGAGGACAACCGGUUCCGGCAUAUCCACCACCCGGAUUUCCAGGACAACAGGCUCCAGUUCCCUAUCCAUCAGCACCUGCAUAUCCUGCAGGAGGAGCUUCCUACCCAGGUGAUGAUUUCAAUUGUGUCCCCGGCGGAUAUCCUGCAACAGGUGUCCCUACGGGCUAUCCGGCCAUGGGUGCUCCUCAACCUCCAGUUCAAUUACCUGGCAGUGCCCCAGCCCAACCUGGAGUGGCUGUAGGCUACUAUCCCGGUUAUCCCUAUCCAGGAACAUACUUGCCACAAUAUCCCGCUUAUCCGCAGCCAGCUCAGUUACCCGCCUAUGGCGUGGCUCCAGGAGCAGCGGUCUAUCCUCCAGCCACAAGCACCCAGAAUGUGCAUCGGUAUCCCGAUCAUAACCCACAGGAUCCCAGUCACUGGGAUCACCACUUCUCCAUGAACACCGAGUACAAGGAAGAUGGAGUUCACAAGGGAGCCUUCGGAGUCCUUAACAACCACAAUGCCUUCGGUUAUGGCAGCGGCUAUGGGGGCGGCUAUAAUGGAGCCUUUAACUCGCCGGCUAUCUAAGAACCUGAACGCUGUCACGGGAGGAUUAAACGGAGAAGGAGGAGUGAGGUCUGUCAUCCGAGUCGUAGUCAUAAGUUGGCUGCUCCCCCUUUUUGUUAGCCGAGGGGCAGCUGCCGUAUCUUUAAUAAGAAAUAAACUCGAUUUCUGCACACCCAA